AUGGAAGAAUGGUAAUAAGAAGUAUUAGAAUCUCCUAUUCCCAUAGUAUUAGAUUGUUAUGCGGAUUGGUGUUAGCCUUGUAAAAAACUUGCACCUUUAUUAGAAGAACGAGCAAAUAAUUCUUAAGCUAAAUGGCGAUUAGUUAAACUUAAUAUUGAUAAAUUUCCAUAGUUAUCCACUGCUUUAUAAAUAAAAUCAAUUCCAACUGUAUAUUUAAUAUCAAAUAAAAAUUCAGUAGAUGGGUUUGUUGGAUAUCCUGAUGCGGAAAAGCUUAAUUAAUUUUUUGAAAUAGUAAAUAAGGUUUCAGGUUUAUAAAACACAGAAUAAAUAUAUUUAUAGAAAAUGAGAGAAUUUUAAGAUUUAAUAUAAAAAAAUGAUUUGAAUGGUGCUGAAGAUUCAAUUAAGGACAUUAUGGAAAAAAACUCAUUUAUAAAAAAUAAAUAUGGAGGAAAACUAGUUUGUUUAUAAGCUUUAAUUUAAGUAAAAUAAGGAGAUAAGGUUAAGUGCUAAAAUUAUAUAAAUGAAGCUAAUAGUAAAUAUAGUUUGGAAAUUUAAAAUGAUGAUGAAGUAAAAAUAUAUAUAUAAAAAUAAAAAAAUAUAUAUAUAAAUAUAAAAAAUAUAUUAAUAUAUAUAAAUAUAUAUUAAUAUGUAUAUAAAUAUACAGUCUCUAUGAAGAUUCUAUUUAAAAUUUGUUAUAUGUAUUUUUCAUUUUUUUAUUAUGAUAUUUUACUUUUAUUUACUUUCUAGAUUAUAAAAGUCGAUAGAAAUUGGGAAAAUAAAAAAGCGAAUAAAUUUUUAAUUGAAAUAUUUACUAAAUUAGGAGUUUCAAAUAAACUAACUAUUGAGGGUAGAAAAAGCUUAUAAAAAAUUUUAUUUUGA